AUGGACCCCCAAAAUUUUGGAGAAUUUUCGACACUAGAAGAGCGAGAUUGGCAACCUGCGAUAGCGCUUCCAAUAGACCCAAAGCCUCGAAUCCAGGAACUACGGACGAUGUUGAACGAUCCGGCAACUUGCCAAGAACAGAUCCCUAACAUUAAAGCAGCCAUCGAAGCUUUAGAAUCCGAUGAAAAGCCAGAAUUAGUUUACCAGGAUGGCUAA